UUGGUUAGGUGUUUGUUAUGAUGUAGUUAACCCUGAAAAACUCCGAAGUGUCUGAAACAUAUUUCUCAAUAUUUUCUGCUCAAAAUGGAGCUACAAAUUAAAUGCCGACUAUGUGCUUCCGACAGUUUUAACGGUGUUCCUAUAUUUAGUGACAACAAUCUGAUCAAUGAUCUCAGUUCCUUCAUCAACCAACAUCUACCCCUCAAGGUUGAAAAAGAUGGAGUUUUUUCAAACAUUAUUUGUCAAAGUUGUAACCUCCAGCUUCAUGCCACCAUUGAUUUUUUUGACAAAAUUCGCCAAGGUCAGGAUAGACUGCAAACCUUGCUGCAACUGGUGGGAACAGACAUGAAAAAUGACCUUGCACAGAUGGAUGGCGUCAUAAGCCAACUCUCAGAUGACAACCUUCAAAUGGUGUAUUCCAGUGAUCUCUAUCCUGAGAUAGAAAUGAAUCAUUCCAGGAUGUCUUUCACAUGCCCCCCCAAUCUGAAUGAUGAAUUCCAAGCAACAGAGGCACCCAAAAGACGAGGAAGACCGCGAAAUAAAAAGUCCAUAAAGGAAGAUUUUGACUUGCUAAAUGACGUUAAAAAGGAAGAUUUUGACUUGCUAAAUGUUCCUUCCAAUGAUGCGGUUGAUUCAGACUCUCCUGCUUUUCCUCGUGUUAAAAGAAAACGACAAUUACCUUUGAGGUACCAGGGUGCAGUGCAAGAUAAAGAACUUGAUCGAAUGAUUAAUGGUGAACCAGUCGCAAGUCAAAUAGACCAAUUAAAUGGAGAUUCAUGCUCAAAUGAUGAUAUAUCAAGACCAGAUGAAGAUCUGUCGCCAGACACAAAAGACACAAAACCUACCGACAUCACUGUGAAUCCAUUGAAAAAAGGAAGGAAGUACAACUCGAAAAAGCAGAAACAAGUAUUUGUUUGUGAUAUUUGUGGAUUAGGUUUCCUAUUAAAAUGCUACUUCACCGAUCACAGAGCAACUCAUGAAGGAAGUGUAAUAGAAUGCAAAACAUGUACAGACACUUUCUUGAAGGAAGAAUCGUACAAAGCUCACUGUAUAUUGAAUCCUCAGUGCACAGUCAAGGAUUGUAAAGAUGAACUUGGUCUCAAUGAAAAUGAAAUAAUAAAUAAUUCUCAGCCAAUCGAUUUUAAAAAGCAAGAUUUUCCUUGUGACUUAUGUGAUAAAAUUUUCUCACACGAGCCGUCUCUUGCUUUGCAUAAGAAAGCUGUUCAUGAAGACUUGAAGCCAUUUGUGUGCAGCGUCUGCAACAAGAGUUUUAACUCUGUGUUCAGCCUAAAAACUCAUUUAAUCCAUUUGCAUAAGAAAAAAACUCAGAAAGGAUAUCCUUGUGAAAUUUGUGGAAAAUUAUUUAAUCAUCCUAGUUCAGUAAUAUAUCAUAGGAAAGCAGAACACACGGUUUUACAAUUCAACUGUGACAAAUGUGAUCGUAGUUUCAAACAUAAACAAUUGCUCAUGCGACAUCAGUUAGUCCACAGUGAUGUCAGGCCGUUUGCUUGUAAAUCUUGUGGGGCUGCGUUCAAAACGAAACCAAAUCUUAUGAAUCAUCAAUCAGUUCACUCAGGAGAAAAGAAACACAUUUGUGAGUUAUGUGGUCAGCAGUUUGCCCAUAAAACAAGUUUGAAACUCCAUUAUCGGUGGCACGCAGGUCAAAAACCUUUCAAAUGUGAGACUUGUGGAAAGUCAUUUUCUCAAAAAGGCAAUUUACAAGAACACAAUCGUAUCCACACAGGUGAAAAGCCAUUCGCAUGUGUAUAUUGUGACAGGAAAUUUACAACGUCAUCACAAUACAAACUUCAUGUGAAAAGACAUGUGGGUGAGCGUCCAUGGCAAUGUGAUAUUUGUCCGAAAACUUUCCUGCACCGUGAUACGUGGAAGUGUCAUAUCCGAAGACAUCGUGGAGAGAAACCUUUUGCUUGCACCUACUGCAGCCGGGAAUUUUCUGAACAAUGGGCCCUCAAGAAACAUCUCAGGCUUCACACCGGAGAAAAACCGUAUUCUUGCGAAAUCUGUCAUAAAUCUUUUUCGGACUGUUCAAAUCUGACAAAACACAAAAAGGUACAUGAUAAACUUCCUCGGAAUGCAAAGAAGGAGGAGAAAAUUGAUCUCUCAGUCUGGAAAUUAAUUAAAAGUCAUAUUGAACAAGGAGGAGAUAAAUCUUUGAUUCUCUCCGAUGACAAAGGAGAUGGUGUGGAGCAAAUUAUUUAUGUGACUUACGAUGACUCCAAUGCGGCAGCAGCAACAUCAUCAUCAAAGGUUUCCAACAAUGGCAAUGUUUUAAUGCCCGAUAAUUUGGAAGAUGAAAUUCUCUUAGAUGCGGGAUUGGCCAAAUCUCUUCAAAUGACAGAUGAGUUGGGUAAUCCAGUGCACUUUGCCAUGUUGGAUGGAGGAGAGUUACAACUUACAAGUGGAGCGGAUGGGCAAGCUCUACAGGUGGUGACGCAAGAUGGUCAUACCAUACCAGUACAAAUAACCAAUAUUGAUGAGCAGUCAUCUGAGCCGUCCAGACUUACGCUUCAGCUCACCUCUCAGAUACCAACAAGUUUGCCAAACUUGGAUGUGACUCCUCCUAAAGCACCAGUGAAAACAAAACGCACGAAAGCUAGUCAAAACUCAACUUCAGACCAAAGCCCUUUGUUGAACCAACCAUUGCGUAGCAAUAUUUUGAAGAAACCACAAUUGGAUCCUAUAACGGAAGAUAAUUCCAAGUCAUUACUCACAUCAAAUGACGUGGAAACAUCGUCCUCUCUUUUGUUGAGGGACCCGCCUGCGCCACUUUUACCAUCAUCACCUUCAAGUAGCCAGAAAACAUCAACAGCCUCGCUCUUGCAAAAUUUGAACCGCAAUAUAUCUUCUUCGGCAGAUUAUUUUUCGAAACAAUCUGAUGUCACUCCCUUUGUUUCUGAUUCUUCUGAGAGUAUUCUGCUUACCCACACGGACGGCUCCACCUCACUUCUCCAAACUUCGGCGCUAACCGAUAAAGGUCCUAAUGAUGGAGUUUUAACAAUAGAUGAAACUGAUCCCUCUCAAUCAAUUGAAUUUAUGGUGGAUGGUCAAAAACUUCGGCUGCUCACCUCAUCUCUACACAAUGCUGGAAUGCAAAUCCCUGUAGAGUUUUUAAACAUGAACUAAUGGAUCUUUUGGAAACCUUUCAAACAUCGGCUCAGAAUCACCUUAUUCACUUCUCAUUUUUUUUUUUUUUUUUUUUUU